AUGUCCUCAAAACCUAUAUUACUCACCAUCAAGGUUCUUGGAGGAGAGUCUGUAAAAAAGAUUGCCAUCAACCCUGAUGAAACUGUACAACAAUUAUUUGACAAACUUUGCGAAAAGUUAAAUAUUACUGAAACGAAGUAUUUUGGAAUUUGCGAACAAAUCUUUGAUGAUCUUAACGCACCUCUUGAUCGUUUCUUGGACUUUGAAAAGACUGUGGAGGCUGAAGGAGUAACUGAAUUAUCAGAGCUUAAAUUUCAGGUUAAACAUAUCAAAAGACCUAAAGCAUUCUCAGAUCCUAUUGCUGAGGAGUUAUUCUUCAAGCAAAUUCAAUCUAAUAUUGUAAAUGAAGUAUAUCCAUGCCCUGAAAAACUUGCAGUACUUCUUGCAUCACUCACUGUACAAAUACUAUUCGGUAAUCAUAAUGCUAGUAAGCACCGAGUUGGUUACUUGAAUAAGGUGGGAUUGAACGUUUUUCUCCCUAGAACAGUCUCAAGGCAUGAUUAUGCUUACUGGCAAGAACGUUUAUUCAACUUGCACACAUUACAUGACGGUCUCACAAAGAGAGAAGCCAUGAGAAAAUAUAUUGACACAGCCUCAACAAUACCUUAUUUCGGAAUGUCCUUCUUUGAAGUUAAGGAUGAUGGAAGUACAGAAUUACUUCUUGGAGUGUCUGAGGAUGGAGUCUUUUUCUUCAAUUCACAAAAUUUAAAGCUUGUACACUCAGUCCCAUUCGAAAUUAUCUCUUCCUGGCAAAUAACUGAUGAUGGAGUUGAUGUAUCUUUUGAAGAAAAAGAAGAAAGCCACACUAUUUCAAUUGUAACAACACCACUCAAACAACAAAUGAUUCUUUCAUUGAUUGAUGAAUAUUAUGCACUCUUGCCAGAGAGUUAUAAGAGCGAUCAAAAGAAGCCAAACAAUUCUAAGCCAUUCUUGUUGAAUGAUUCUAAGAUGUAUUUAGAUCCUGUACAAAGGGUUUUCCUAGGUAGAUUUGGAAGUAGAUUAGAGUAUCUCAAGGGAUAUUAUAUGGAAUGUUGUGCUUUGGGAAAGGAAGUUCCUGUCAGAAAAUUCUGCCAUGCCAUUGACAAAAUAAUAGAUCAAGAACAGGUUUACAAAGAUGUUGAUCUCUCCAAGUCAAGUAUUACUGAUAGUAAUGUCACCAUUUUUACAAAGUCAUUCCUAAAGGCUUUAGAAUACAAGCCAGAAAAGAGUUUCCCAUGGAAAGAGAAUGUUGAUAUUGAAACAAUCAAUAUGGAAGGAAACAAUAUUAAGAAUGGUCUUUCAUGUGUUUUAGACUUGUUGAGACAAUUAAAGAAACUCAAGAGUUUUAACCUUUCUGGAUCCCCAAUUGGGGAUGAUGGAACUGUUGAUCUCUCACAAUCUUUAACAGUUGCUUCCGAUAUUAGAUCUCUUAGUUUAAAUGAUUGCCGUAUUGGAAAUAAGGGUUUACAAUCAUUAUUUGAAACCCUCAAGUGGAAAAAGAAUCUUACUGUCCUAGAUAUUGGAAGAAAUGAUUUCAAUGGGCAACACAUGUUAGAUUUUGGAAAGUUUUUGGAAGGCAAUUUAUCUAUUGUUGAAUUGAAUCUUUCCAACAAUGCCAGUAUUGAUCAAAAAGGUCUCGAAACCUUAUUAAAGUCUUUGGAAAAUAACAAGAGAUUGCAAAUUUUGGAUUUGAGUGGUAUCAAUAUUGGACCAAAGGGAGGAGUCAAAGUAGCAGGACUUUUAGAGGUUAAUCAUAAUAUUAAAUCUCUCACGCUAAGAGAUACUAAGAUUGGAACAGAUGCCUUCUUGAAAAUUGGAAGAGCCUGUAGAACAAAUUUUAUAAUUGAAAGCCUCGAUCUAGGAAACAAUCAAAUUGGUAAAGGGGCAGACAAACCAACUGCUAAGGAAGCUUGUUUAUUCUUAACUCAACCAAAUACUGGUAUUAAGAAAUUAAUUCUUGAUGACAAUCAAUUAGACUAUGGAUUUGGUGAGAUGAUUUCAGAGUGUUUGAUAAACAACAAGACGCUUGAAUAUCUCAAUAUUUCAGGAAAUAACAUUACUAAGAAUGGAUCCAUUCAUGAAAACUGGGGAGAGUCUAUUAGAAAGUGUCAAAUUAAGCACCUCAAUUUUUCAAGAUGCUCCCUCAAAUCUGCAGCAUAUUUGGAUAUUCUUUCAUCAGCUUCUUAUAAUCAAGGUGUUCAAGAGUUGAUUUUAUCUGAAAAUGAGCCUAGGGAAGGUCUAAAAGGUGUGGAAGCCUUCUUGGCUAAAUCACAAGUCAAACUUCUCGAUUUGAGAAAAGUCAAAAUGAAUGAUAAUGUUUUCAACAAGAUUGGACUUGCACUUCAGGGUAAUUCCUGUUUAGAAACUUUGGAUGUCUCUGAGAAUGAAAUUACCAAAGAUGGAGCAUUGGAUUUCCUCAAUAACUUCUCCAACAAGAAUUCUACACUUAAAACUCUAGUAUUGAAAUUUAAUCCAAUCCCAGAAUCUGAAAGAGCCAAUGUUGCUAAAGCCAUUCUCGAUCAAACUUGUAUUGAAAAUGUUACCUUGUAA